CGGAAGCGGCGAGGCAGCAUGGCGGCUCGCGCGGGAGGCGGCCUGAGCGCCGUGGAUGUCCGGGAAGCCGCCGCGGCGCUUUCGCUGCCGGCCGAGGCCUUCGGCAACGAUCCCGCCGUGGAGAUGCUGUGGGCCAUGAAGGCGCACCAGCAUGCUGAAGUCUACGGUAACCUCAUUUCUGCAGUUGAUCCCAAGUUCCUGAAACUUACCAAAGCUGAUGACCAGAUUUAUACUGAAUUCAGGAAGAACUUUAAAGACCUUAAAAUUGAUGUCCUUGAUCCUGAGGAUCUGAAAUCUGAACCUGCUAAAGAGAAAUGGCGCCCCUUCUGCUUACAGUUUGAUGGGAUAGUUGAAGACUUUAACUAUGGCACUCUCCUACGGCUGGACUGCAGCAAAGGUUACACGGAAGAGAACACUGUAUUUGCCACCAGAAUCCAGUUCUUCGCCAUCGAAAUUGCCCGUAAUCGAGAGGGCUACAACAAUGUUAUUUACAGCAGGGCCAAGGAAGCUAGUUCAUCCCAAGAAGAAGUUAGCUCUGGGUGACACCGUCAGAUCUCAGACACAGGCCAAUAAAUAAACUCAAAGGGAUCAUGGUUUUGUUUCGGUUGAGCAAGUGACUGUCCCUGC